AACAAGUGGAGUAUCAAAAAAAGAUGCCAUCUCAAUAUUGGUUUACGUUUAUCUUCCACUGACCCUAUGGGUGAAGAUAUCCUUGACCAUUACUCCACCUGAAUAUGUUCCAGUUCAUCCGAUGUUGCACCAGGUUAAGAGAUAUGGAGAUCUCCACAAGGUUUUGGAGAAGAGUCCCAAUAAUUAUUAAAAUUCUGGACUAGCUCUAUUAGGAAAGGUAGAUGGACUAUAAGGCACUUGCCCAAGAAACUGCUCAAGAAGUUUUAGAGUACAAUCAAGACACAUCAGGCUGGAAAGUGGUUAAGACUUCAAAAAAGGUAACUGUUUCCAGCAAGGCUUCUAAAAAAUUCCAUGGAAAUCUAUAUCGUGUUGAAGGAAUAAUUCCAGAAUCAACAACUAAACUGUCUGAUUUCCUCUACAAACCUGAAAACAGAGUUACAUGGGAUAAAUCAUUGAAAGUGUACAAUAUGGUACACAAGAUUGAUUCGGACACAUUCAUAUGUCAUACCAUUACACAAAGUUUUGCCAUGGGCUCAAUUUCCCCCCGAGACUUUAUCGACUUAGUGUACUUCAAGCGCUACGAAGGGAAUAUGGAUAUUAUCAGUUCUAACAGUGUGGAUUUUCCAUUAUAUCCUCCAUCUUCAAAUUAUAUCCGUGGUUAUAACCAUGCUUGUGGCUAUGUAUGUUCUCCUCUGCAAGAGAACCCAGCACAUUCCAAACUAGUGAUGUUUAUCCAGACAGAAAUGAGAGGAAAAUUGUCCCCAUCAAUAAUUGAAGCAACCAUGCCUUCCAACUUAGUAAGCUUCAUCCUCAAUGCAAAGGAUGGAAUAAAGGCACUCAGAACUCCAGGAGGACGUGGAUACCAUCAUAGCGGUCACCCAUCAUUCCUAAAGAAGAAGUGAGGCCAUAGAAAAGCAUGUGUGGCAGUUACUACGGUUUACUUCUAAGUCAGUAUGCAUGAAUACUGUUAAACUAUUCUAGACAGUAUCCUUGUAAAAAUUAUUGAAGGCACUCUGUGGAAAUAAGAACUCCUAGUUGUACAAGAGAACAGCAUUAAAUAUAGUUUUUAAUCUCAUAUAAGAAUGAUGUUAAUAACAAAUGUUCUUAAUGCACUUUUAUCUGUUUUUUUUUCCCCCUGGCAAAUGCUCUGCAAAGGGAUCAGUAAGAAAACAUACAGUCGGAGGUCAGCACUAAUUA